AUGGUCAUCAAAUACGAGCUAGAUUUCUUGCUCUCUUUGCAGAACUCACCGCUAUGUACCCGUCCAGAUAACUUGCCUCCGCUGGAGGAGUGGAUGGGGUCCAAUGAGCAGCAGCAGCAGCAGACUCGUCAGCCGAGCCAGUCCACGCGCAAUCAACAGUUGCAAAUGGGCCGAUUCGAAAAGAACACUCUGGCAGAUGGUACACUGAUUGACCAAACCAACCGCCGACCUGAAUCGAACCACCCUGACGAUAUUGUCUUUGGGCCUCCCCGCACAUCCUUCACCUCCGCCGGUCGAAACAAGAUACCAGACAAUGACAGGAUUAUCCGUGACAGCGACGGCACGGGGCGCUUUGCUAAUUUGAGAAACCGCGUUGGUGACGCCGAUGCCGAACGCUUCCGCGACGGGCGUAACACCAACUCCCUACGCCGUCGCGAGGGGGGUGACCAGGACACCGAGGGCUGGAGUACCGUGAAGCCUAGGAAAAGCUUCGGGGCAGAUGGCGCCGAGAAGUUCCUCCAGGGCCGCAUGGGCGGCAAUUUUCGGGACGAGAAGAGGACGCCACGUGACCGCGACGAGCGCUCAGUCCGUCUAUAUGAGGGCACCAACAGGGAUAAUAAAGAAGGCGAGGAGGAAGGCCGACCUCGCAAUGGCCUCGCGCGUCAUAAGACGGAGAACAGUGAAAGUCGCGUGCCUGAAAAGCGCGAACGCAUGGAUCGGGCCAAGAGCUGGAGGGAGCGUGAUCCCGAAGCUGAGGCUGUAGAGGAUCACGUCUCUUCGCGAACCGAUCAUCGACAGGAUCGAAGGUGGGGUGGAGGUCGCGACCAGCGAGGCGAACGUGAACCUGAAUGGUUCGACGAGCCCGCAGCUCCCCAAGCUGAAGCCAGGACACAAGAAGACUUCAAAAAGUGGCUGGCUGACAUGAAGAAGUCAAAGGGUGAAGCCACUGCUACGGGGCCAGCAUCGACUCCGCUGCCUGAGCCGGCCCAGGAAAAGGCAAAACCUCCUGUGCGGCCAUCACCAGCCGUCGCCCCUGGGCCAGACAAGUUCUUUGCUGCUUUCGGCAGCCCGACAGAUCAGGACGGUGGGGAGCCAAAGCCCUCUGCGCCCAAACCCUCGGGCAAGUCGUCACGAUUCACAUCUUUCUUCAACCAGGAAGCUCCCAAGACCGAGCCAGCCACACCUGCAGCAGCUGCGCCUCCACCUCCGCCCUCUGGUAUGAACGGAUUGCUUGGUGCCUUGGCAGGCAUGUCGAGCACGCCGGGCCAGAACACCAACGAAGAGAAGCAGGCUUUCCAACUCUUGUUGUCCAAGCUACAGAAACAAACGAUGAGCAGCUCCCCAGGUGGCGUUUCGCCGUUUACCGCGCCACCCCAACCGCAACUCCAGCAGCAAGGCAUUCCUGGCGACAACGGGCCACAGGCAGCUAUGCGCUCGCCUUUCCAGGAAGGUGGUCUGCUGGGACGCCCCCCUCUCCAGCAUCACACAACCGAUAUCCACGCGCCUCGACCGCAACAGAACGCGCGCCCUGAGCAGCUGUUGCAGGAUUUGAAUGGCCAGCAACAGCAUCAGCGAGUCUCUAGCCAGAGCUCCAGCCGAGCCGACGUUCCUCAAAGGAGCAACAGUAACACCGAGUUCCUUAUGAACCUGAUGCGCGCAGGGUCAGAUGGCCCGCGCACGGACUCAGCGAUGCUGCGAGCAGCACAGCAGGCGAACAAGCAAAGCGGACCGGGCCCCAUGCCUCACCCACACGACCGCGAUUCCGAGUUCGGACCAGACAGUCGCGGACCGCAAGCCCCUCGGAUGCGUCCAGGUCCGCCGCCAGGUUUUGGCAUGGACGAGGGCUUCCGAGGAGGGGACAGCGAAUACCGAGGACCUCCGCCGCCAACCCAGAUCUUGCAACGGCCGCAGCCACCGCCUGGGCUGGAUAGACUUGAGCAGGCGUCUCAGCAGCAGCCGCCGCCGCCGCCGCCCCAACCACAACAACAGACUCAGCAGCAACGUCACAUGAUUGCGCCUCCCGGCCUGGUGGGCGGCGGCCCUGGCGGACCAGCCAUACCGGGACGCAACGGCCCUCUCCCUCCUGCCAUGGCUGGCAUGUUUCCUCCUAACAUGAGGCCAAUGCCACCACACCCAGAACACAUGGGCAACAUGCCGCCGCGAGGAAUGGGACCUCCCCCGCCUGGGUUCUUCAACGGUCCGCCGCCGCACGGUUUCAUGCCGCCAGGUAUGGGUGGCUUUAAUGGACCACCUGGACCUGAGUUUGCUGGCGGGCUGUACGAACGUGGGAUGCCCCCGCCAAAUGGAGGUCGAGGCGGUAAUUUCAGGGGUUAG